UACAGAAGCAGGGACGAUCAUGAGGGCUAAAGGAGCAGAGAUGCCGGGGAAGGACUGUGUCAAAGUGGCCGUACGCGUCAGACCCUUCAACAAGAGAGAGAGGGAUGCGGGCGGCCGCUGCAUUAUCUCUAUGGCCUCCAGCACCAUCACCAUCCAGGACCCUCGGAACAACCAGAGCCCACGCUCCUUCUGCUUUGACUAUGCCUACUGGUCCCACAGCGGCUUCACCAGAGACUGCUCUGGCCUGUACAUACCCGAGGAGCCUGGAGGACGAUAUGCUGACCAGGGUAGUGUGUUCCAGGACCUGGGGGAGGGGAUCCUGGAGAAUGCCCUUCAAGGUUAUAACGCCACCUUGCUAGCCUACGGGCAGACUGGCUCAGGGAAGAGCUACUCCAUGGUCGGGUACGGACCCAACAAGGGCCUGGUGCCCACCCUCUCUGACAAACUGUUUCAGGCCAUCAGGGCCAACCAGGACAGCCGACAGUGCCAGGUCUUUUUCAGCAUGUUGGAAAUCUACAAUGAACAGGUGGUUGACCUGUUGUCACGGGGGUCUCGGUCUCCGGGGGGACUGCGUGUCCGAGAGGAGCAGCAGAGAGGCUUCUAUGUGGAGGGACUUCGCAGGGUCCCCUGUGACAGCGCCCCACAGGUGGAGCAGCUGAUGGAGCAGGGGACGAGGAUGCGCACCACGGCCACCACACACAUGAACGCCAACAGCAGCCGCUCACACAUGCUCAUCAUCCUCCAGCUCAAACAGGUAAGUCAAAUUGCCCAGGGAGAGAGCAUCACCAAGCAGUCUAACAUCAACCUGGUGGACCUGGCGGGCAGCGAGAGACAGCGGGUGUCAGGCUCAGAGGCCGACCGGCUCAAAGAGGGCACAGCCAUCAACCUCAGCCUCACCACCCUGGGCAACGUCAUCAGUGCCCUUGCUGAUGUAGCGGUAGGGAAGAAAGUAGUCCAUAUCCCAUAUAGAGACUCUGUCCUCACCAAGCUGCUGCAGUCUGCCCUGGGGGGGAACAGCCGUACUGUCAUGAUUGCAGCCCUGAGUCCAGCUGAUAUCUGCUAUGAAGAGUCUAUCUCAACCCUGCGAUAUGCAGAAAGGGCAAAGCGUAUUCAGAACCGUGCGGUGGUGAACGAGAGUCCCACGGAGCGCUUGGUGAAGGAGCUGAAGGCUGAGAAUGCCAGGCUCCUGCAGAGACUCAGCCGCCUGGGACAGGAGGGACGCAGGGCAGAGGACGAAACCAAGGAGCUGCGUCGGCUGUUGACCCAUAACGAGCUGCAGAUCAGAGCCAUCCAGACGCUCUGGGAACAACAUCUACAGGAGGCCUUGAAGGACUGGGAGCAGCAGUAUGCGACUAUCACACAGGAGCGGAGGAUGAUGCAGAUGCAUCCGUACAUCCUGAACAUCAACGAGGAUACUCAGCUGUCAGGGGUGGUCAAGCUCUUCAUCCAGGAGGGUGAGUGGGAUAUAGGGCUCUCUGACUCUUCACCCAGGUCCAUCUCAAUCAGGGGCCUAGGGAUCCAGGACCGUCACGCUGUGUUCAUUAACGUCCAGCGUAGGGUGUACCUGACCCCACUGGCGGGGUCAAAUGUCAUUGUCAACGGAACACCCAUCUCCCAGAAGACCGAGCUGCAGCACCUGGACCGACUCAUCCUGGGUUCUAACAGCACCUACCUGUUCAUUGGCUACCCAUCUGAGAGGGGCGGGGAUGACUGGAGUCGCUAUGACUACGACUACUUCCAGUCUGAACUGGCAGCCGCUGAGGGCAUCAACCUCCACUCACUGUGUGAGGAGCAGACACAGGGUGACUCCAGUGCAGUCCCCAGUCAGACUGACCCCAGUCUCCUGGCUGUUUUCUAUGACUACAUCAAACUGAUGCCCAUGGUGGCUGAGGCCAACCAGAUGAGCCAGGAGCUACACAAGGGGGUGGAAUUUAAACUGGAGAUUAAGAACCUGGCGUUAUCAGACUCUAAAGGUCAUGACUUGGAGAAGGAGAUCGCUGUCAGAGUGACAUCACUGGAAAACAAACAGGUGUGGCUCUGGUCCAAGGCCAAGUUUGUGAACCGUAAGUUCCUGAUGGAGGAGUUGUAUCAGCAGCACCAUACGGAGCAGAAGGGAGAGGGGGUGGCCAGGGCGCCCAUGCCCAGAGACAGAGACCCUUUUUGGGAUCCGCUGGAGCCCCUGCUCUUGGGCAGCGCCCACCUCUGGCUGCAGUCUCUGGCUUUCCGUAUCGCACUGGAGGAACAGCUGGAGGUAUUGGGGUCAGAGGGCACUGAGGAGGCCAUACUGCAGGCCCAGCUUCUACCAUGCAGCCCUACAGGACUGACUCUGGGGGAGGAUGACAUCCUGAUCGACCCCUCUGAGCUACUGGGGAGACGGCUGGACUUCCAGCUGGUCCUGGAUCAGUGCUGUGGCCUGCGCUGGGUCCAACAGGCCAGGGACAGGGGAGUUCAGAUAGGGUUCAGGAUGUUCGACAGUGCCCAGCCCCUCUACACUCCGGCCGUGUGGCACAAUGUCAACCCCCUGCUGGACCAGCGGGUCCACUUCACCUCUCUGCACACCUCCCAAGGCCUGCUAGAACACCUGCAGACCAGCGCCCUGGUGCUGGAGCUCUGGGGCCUACAGGAGGGAUGUAGAGACAUGGUGUCGUCUCUGGAGGGAGUGAGGAUGACUCCAGAGGGAUGCUUCAUCAUCGACCAGGCUGGCGCAACUGAGACAGCUACUACAGUGGACCCUGGCUCAGAGCUGAGCUGCUCUCUGAGGGCUCUACAGCAGGAUGUAGAGGAGCUGAGGAACACCAACGCUGCACUGAAGACCGAGAACAACACACUGAGGGAUCAGCUCAAUACAACUAAGACCGGAGCAGAGUGGGGUCGUGGUCGGUCAGAGAUGCGGGGCAGCAGUCUGCGGCCCAGCUGUGAUGCAGAGUUUGCCCGUGCCCUGAAGGUCUUCUACCACAGCAUGACCUCUGUCAGGGUUCAACUGCAGCGCCUGCGCAGGCACAGGCCCAGUGAGGAGUCAGAUCUCUUGGGGCUCAGGCUGUUUGUGGAUGAGCAGGGUGGUCUGCUGCGUGAUUUCUCAGAGCUGCUGGAGCAGAGCGUCUCCUCUCUCAAACAGGAUGUGGCCGCCAUUGUACGACGCAAACGGGAACGCUCAGGAAUCUGGUCCUGACUCCCAUCCUCAUCUAGUCCUGAACAGAACAACUGGAACUCCCCAUCAAACUAAUGUAAUGCCCAAUCCCAAAAUGACCCCUGGCCACAACCUCUAGGGCCAGGGCACUUCAUGUAGGUGUGAAAGGAUCUGAUAGGUAAAAACGUGCUGCACUUCCACCUUGCUGAAUGAUUGGCUGGGUGGGAGUUUCAACAUGUUGCUUUCAUAUUUUCAAUCCCUUCAGAUUUACACAAGUGCCAAGAGGAAAAGGGUCAGUUAGGUUUUUGAUCCUGUGUUUUAUGGUCAACAAGUUGGGAUUAUAUAUUGGACUCCCGUAAACGCUAAUGCUAACAAUACUAAUGUAGUGCAACUAGUGUUUGUGUGUUUACACUCCAUUACAUCUUGACAUUGUUGUAUUACCAGAAAUACAGUUGUUUCACUGCAGAGAUCAACUCUGUCAAUUCUGGGCCCGUAUUCAUGAAGUGUCUGAGUGCUGAUCUAGAAUCAGGUUCCCUGUCUAUAUAAUUAUGAUUUUUUAAUUUGACCUUUAUUUAACCAGGUAGGCCAGUUGAGAACAAGUUCUCAUUUG